AUCACCCAUGGAACCUUUACGAGAACACUUCUGGCUGUGGGUGAUUCUUGGAAUGAUUUUUGUUUCCUUGGUAAUAAGUCUCAUCUUCAUCCUUAUCAACAAGUGUAUCUCCAAGAAAGGUAUGUCUUUUCAAUUAUGCUAUUACAUCAGUAGAAGCACUAUUAUGAGCGUUACAGAUCCAUUUUCAUCACUACUUAUAAGAACUGUCUUUUCAAAGUAUGUGCACAUUGUAUCAACAACUCUUAUCUUUUUUACAGCUGCUGAACAAUACAAUACAAAUACAUCAAGUCACACGACACCUGAGUUUUAUGCCCAGUAAGUCUCUUGCACUAUUUUCAACAAAAUUUCUAUUGACAUUUAUAGAGAUUGAUUUUGUCUACUCAUCAUUCAUUACCACAAUUAAAACCACAAGUUUGGUCCUCUAUUCCCCUCAAACCUUUGAAUCAAUUUAGGGCAAUUUGUUUUAGGCGUUCUUAGGGAAGGGAGAGGGGUCUUGUCAAAAGUAUUUUCCAAAGUGGAGAUCUAAUUUCUCGGGUUUCUCCCAUAUCCAGGAGCAGUAAAUAUCAUCCCAAAGAUCUGGAGGAUGAUUUGCCUCCUUUACCACCCAGGACUCAAUUUCUCACAUCCUGUCCCAGUAAGCAUCAGGUUUCUUGCGAUGAGCCUUGAAAUGCAAUCAUGAACACACAAUUGGAGUAAUAUUACACAAGGAUAAGCUGUUGGGUUAUAAUUCACAAUAGGAACCUUUUAAGCCCACACAGUAACAAAACCCUUUUUUGGGCCCUGUACAAUAUCAGCCUCAACUGUCAAUAAUGUGUGUGUCUUUGCUUUCCAGAGACCGAAAGCUAUGAGAACCUUGCAGAGCUACCUGACUAUGUUAAAGUAGAUGACAAGGCCCCUCCUCCACUGUACCAUCACACAGAUACACUGGUGUGUCAGGAUGUUUCCCAUGACCAUGAUGGCAUUUCAGAGGACUAUGAUAACAUCGGAGCAGACUGCCAGAGUGAGGACUAUGAUGAUCUGGGA